AUGGGGUUGAUUGAUAAUCUGAAUGGGCAAUUGGAAGUCAUAAAAACACAAAACCCUCGAGCUUGUUCCUUAAACCCUAACGAACUGUCGUUGAACCAGAGUAGGGUCAGUUUCUCAAUGGAAUCCCUCCGAUUGAAAACCAACUACCGCUGCUUCCCCGCUAUGCAGCAGUUCUACACCGGCGGCCCCUUCGUCGUCUCAUCGGACAACUCCUUCAUCGUCUGCGCCUGCGGCGAGUCAAUCAAAAUCGUCGACUCUGCCACCGCCGCCAUCCGGUCCUCACUCGACGCCGACUCCGAGUCCAUCACAGCCUUGGCUCUCAGCCCUGACGACCGCCUCCUCUUCUCUUCUAGCCACAGCCGCCAAAUCAGAGUCUGGGAUUUGUCCACACUCAAGUGUGUCCGCUCCUGGAAGGGCCACGAUGGCCCGGUUAUGUGCAUGACGUGUCAUCCUUCUGGAGGGUUGCUCGCUACUGGUGGAGCUGAUAGGAAGGUUCUGGUGUGGGACGUGGACGGUGGUUACUGCACUCAUUACUUUAAAGGUCACGGUGGAGUAGUUUCAUGUAUUAUGUUCCAUCCCGAUCCUGAGAAACAACUGAGUGAUGAUGGUACUGAUGGCAGGGGGGGAGAUAACUCUCUCCUAAUGGAGUUGAUACAAAUGAAAUUAUUGUUUGCUAGUAGUCCUUUGAUGCAAACUGAUGAUGGUGGUGAUCAUGCAACAGUACGGGUUUGGGAUGUUUCCAAAACCAAGAAAAAGAACUGUAUAGCUACAUUAGAUAAUCAUCGAUCAGCAGUGACUUCUUUGGCUAUAUCUGAAGAUGGAUGGACACUUCUUAGUGGUGGAAGAGAUAAGGUUGUAACAUUGUGGGAUCUUCAUGAUUAUAGCAACAAGAAGACUGUCAUUACAAAUGAGGCAGUUGAAGCUGUUUGUGUACUUGGUGCUGACAGUCCCUUUGCUUCAUCACUGAAUUCAUAUCAGCAAGAUGGAAAAAAGCGUGGUGGUUCCCAAACAUUCUAUUUCGUUACAGUUGGUGAACGAGGCAUUGUACGCAUAUGGAAUUCUAAAGGGGCAGGUUGCAUCUAUGAGCAGAAGGCUUCAGAUGUUACAGCAAGCAUAGACGAGGAUAGCUCACGUAGGGGUUUCACUUCUGCUGUUAUGCUUCCCUCAGAUCAAGGAUUGCUUUGUGUGACUGCAGAUCAGCAGUUUCUGUUUUACUCUCUGGAAUGCACUGAACAGUUGUUACAAUUAAAUCUAACCAAAAGGCUUGUGGGAUAUAAUGAAGAAAUUGUGGAUAUGAAGUUUAUGGGGGAUGAUGAAAAAUUCCUUGCUCUUGCUACAAAUCUUGAACAGGUUCGGGUUUAUGAUGUUGCUUCUAUGUCAUGUUCAUAUGUCUUAUCUGGUCACACUGAAAUUGUUCUAUGCCUUGACACCUGUGUAUCAACUUCUGGGAGAACACUGAUUGUAAGUGGAAGUAAAGACAACAGUGUUAGGUUGUGGGGAUCAGAAAGUGCAAACUGCAUUGGAGUUGGUAUAGGUCAUAUGGGAGCUGUUGGAGCUAUUGCCUUUUCAAAAAGAAAGCGAGAUUUCUUUGUUAGUGGCAGUAGUGAUCAUACUCUUAAGGUAUGGAGUAUGGAUGGUCUCUCAGACAAUAUGACAGCUCCAAUUAAUUUAAAAGCAAAAGCUGUUGUUGCAGCUCAUGAUAAAGAUAUCAAUUCCGUAGCAGUUGCUCCAAAUGAUAGUUUAGUCUGUAGUGGCUCUCAGGAUCGAACAGCUUGUGUUUGGAGGCUCCCAGAUCUUGUAUCAGUAGUUGUGUUUAAAGGGCAUAAAAGGGGAAUUUGGUCUGUAGAAUUUUCUCCUGUCGAUCAGUGUGUAGUAACAGCAUCUGGUGACAAGACAAUAAGGAUAUGGGCUAUAUCUGAUGGCUCCUGUUUGAAGACAUUUGAAGGACACACAUCAAGUGUGUUAAGAGCAUUGUUUAUUACUCGUGGAACACAAAUUGUUUCCUGUGGUGCUGAUGGUUUAGUAAAGCUGUGGACUGUAAAAACUAAUGAAUGUGUUGCUACUUAUGAUCAUCAUGAAGACAAGGUUUGGGCCUUGGCUGUAGGCAAGAAAACAGAAAUACUUGCAACUGGUGGUGGUGAUGCUGUUGUUAAUUUAUGGUUUGAUUCCACUGCAGCUGACAAAGAAGAAGCUUUCCGUAAAGAGGAAGAAGGAGUUCUGAAAGGGCAAGAGCUAGAGAAUGCUGUCUCAGAUGCGGACUAUACUAAAGCAAUCCAAAUUGCAUUUGAACUGCGCAGGCCACAUAAGCUUUUUGAGUUAUUUGCCGAACUUUGCAGGAAGAGAGAGGCUGAAGAUCACAUUGACAGAGCACUUAAGGGCUUGGGUGAUGAAGAGCUUCGCAUAUUAUUUAACUAUGCUCGAGAAUGGAAUACAAAACCAAGACUCUGUUAUGUUUCACAGUUUGUACUUUUCAGAGUUUUCAGCAUCUUUCCUCCAACUGAUAUUGUUCAGAUUAAAGGGAUUGGUGAACUUCUUGAAGGCAUUAUCCCAUAUAGUCAGAGGCAUUUUGGCAGGAUAGACAGACUUGUUAGAAGUACAUUUUUGUUAGAUUACAUUCUAUCAGGAAUGUCAGUUAUUGAACCAGAAGUUCAACCGACAGAAUCAAGGACUGAGUUACUGCUGCAGUCAAAUAUUGACGUUCCAGACACAGAAAAUGUCAUCGAGGAGAAAGAUCACACUUUUGAAAUUACGGCUUCAAAGAAAAGGAAAUCAAACAAAUCAAGACAUGGUUCCCAUAAGAAAGUUAAGAAUGUAGCUUUCAACAAGGUCGAGUCUAUACAACUACAGGCAUAG